GUUGUAACCAGAGGUGGGUUGGAGUGGAGUCAUUGUGGUUUUUCAGCCCGGGGGCUGAGCGGAACUGGUGGUAUCGCGGCCGGUUGCUAAGGGUUCGUCUGUGAAGCUUUCUUUGAAAAGGAGUCUUCAAGAACUCAAGAAAAUGCCACCUGCAAUUGGAGGUCCAGUGGGUUACACCCCACCCGAAGGCGGCUGGGGUUGGGUGGUAGUUGUAGGAGCAUUUGUGUCCAUUGGCUUCUCCUAUGCAUUCCCCAAAUCAAUCACAGUAUUCUUCAAAGAUAUUGAAGUGAUCUUUGGAGCGACAAGUAGUGAAGUGUCCUGGAUAUCUUCCAUUAUGCUGGCUGUGAUGUAUGCAGGAGGUCCUAUAAGCAGUGUCUUGGUCAACAAGUAUGGAAGUCGACCUAUCAUGAUAGGUGGUGGCUGUCUUGCUGGAACUGGAUUAAUUGCAGCCUCCUUCUGUAACACUGUGACAGAGUUGUACUUCUGCAUCGGUGUCAUUGGAGGGUUUGGACUUGCCUUCAACUUAAACCCAGCCUUGACAAUGAUUGGCAAAUAUUUCUUUAAAAAAAGACCGAUUGCAAAUGGACUGGCUAUGGCAGGUAGCCCUGUAUUUCUGUCCACAUUGGCUCCCCUGAAUCAGUACUUCUAUAGCAUAUUUGGCUGGAGAGGAAGCUUUUUGAUCCUUGGGGGACUCUUGCUAAAUUGCUGUGUUGCUGGGUCCUUGAUGCGCCCUAUAGGGCCAAAACCUGAUCCAAAAAAGAAAGUGACCAAAGAGGUUUUGGAAGAAGCUGGAAAAUGUACCUCUAAAGAAGAUGGGGAUGCAAACAAAGACCUUAUUCAAGGCAAGGCAAAAACAAAGCCAACAUUCUUCCAGACGAUCAACAGAUUCUUAGAUUUAACUCUUUUCCUUCAUCGAGGCUUCUUAAUAUACUUAUCUGGGCACAUGAUUAUGUUCUUUGGACUUUUUGCCCCUUUAGUCUUCCUUAGUAAUUAUGCAAAGAGCAAGGGCAUUUCCAAUGAGUCGGCAGCCUUCUUGCUUUCCAUCCUUGCCUUUGUUGAUAUGGUUGCAAGGCCGUCCAUGGGCAUGGUUGCAAACACCAAAUGGGUAAGGCCAAAAAUUCAGUAUUUCUUCGCAGUAUCGGUGCUGUACAAUGGAGUUUGCCAUCUAUUGGCUCCUCUGUCAACCUCAUAUGUUGGCUUUUGCAUUUAUGCUGGGUUCUUUGGCUUUGCCUUUGGCUGGCUCAGCUCUGUUCUCUUUGAAACCUUGAUGGAUCUGGUCGGAGCCCAGAGAUUCUCCAGUGCUGUUGGAUUGGUGACCAUUGUCGAAUGCUGCCCUGUGCUGCUGGGUCCACCGCUGCUAGGUAAAUUAAAUGACAUGUAUGGCGACUACAAGUAUACGUAUCAAGCUUGUGGGAUUGUACUGAUCGUCGCUUCAGUCUACCUCUUCAUCGGGAUGACAAUUCACUACAGACUUGUGGCGAAAGAGCAGAAAGCAGAAGACAAGAAAAAAAGCCAGGAAGCUAAUGCCGAUUCUGAGCACAAAUCAAAUAACGAACUUUCUGUCCUUCCUCAAAAUUCUGAUGAGGUCUUGAAAGAAGAUGAGAGUCACAUAUGAGACUUUCUUCUUGGGUUUUUAACUUGGACUGUGUGGGUUACUUCAGCAAAUGACACUAUCAUGUUAGUCCCUCGUUUAGCAUGUUUUUAUUUGGUCCCCCCCCCAUUGUUGACACUUUAGAUAGCCGUUAAACAUUUCAUUAGAUAGAAACUGUACUUUGCAUUUUUUUUU